AUGGCAACAUCGGACUCCGACCUCUCGUCGCUAUCAUCGGCGCCUCCUACGGAUGAUGAGACCGCCAUUGCCCUCGACGAGCCUGUCGGUAUCGCGAAAUACUUCAGGAAGGAGUCCGAGACUCCGCCGCCAAAACGAGAGCCAUCGCCGCCGCAUGAUUACAUCUUGGCAGAUAAUCCUACCAUUGCGUUUAUCGUCACGUUCCGCGCGCGUUUUCACGAGGCCUUUCCGCGAAGCCUUCCACACUUUGGUCCACAGGACAUUGAGAAGGGAGUUGAAGGUCUGGUACCUGGCGAAUGGAUUGAGCGGCUUCUGUGCGCCUUACUGGGACUUGUUCUGAACCGGAAAAAGGACGUUGAACGAAACCACUACACGAGGCCUUUAGAGGAGGCCAUACACACACAUCAGUCGCAAUGGCCCAAGACCUGGGAAAGGAAGAAUCCACUUCACGGUGGCCGCUCCUUUGCGACAAUGUCGCCUGAAGAACGGCUCGAACUCCUACGAGCGCUGAUCCUAUGGUCGCUUGCUUCGUCCGAUGCGAUUCAAGCCAAGAUAAAGGAAUCGUACAAACAGGCGCGCCAUGAUGACGAUCUGAACCAACCACUUUCAGUCCAACCUUGGGGCAGAGAUAGCCUUAAACGCCGGUACUGGCUCAUCGAGGGUCAGGAUGAUACCCACUUCCGACUCUACCGCGAAAGCAACCCAUCUCUGAAGAACGUGACCUGGUGGAGUGUUGCUGGCGACAUUCCGGAGAUGCUGGCCAUUGCCGAUAGAUUACAAGAAGAGAAAAGCGUUCAUUCCAAGAAGCUUAGUGAGCGAAUCCAGGCUGCCAUUCCUCGCUUUGAGGCGUCUGAAGAGAAACGCAGGCGUCGGGACUACCGGCUUGCAAGGAAGGCUGCUUUUGCACGCCCGGAGCUAGGUUUCUCCUUAUACGAAGGCCGCACUCGCGGCAAAAAGCUUAAGUACACAUAUGACGACGAUGAAGAUAUCUUCUCCGAUGAACAGCCGACCAGACGAUCCGCCCGAAAUUCCUCUGCACUGUCUUCAAGCGAACCAGCGCGCCCUCAGUUCACGGCAAGCGGGCGACAAGUUAGGUCCCGAGCUGGCGGCGCCUAUGGAGAGUCGCUUCUGAGUGGACAGCGAGAGGACUCCGAAAAUGAAGAGGACGAAACAGAGAGACCGCAACGGAAUCGUAUGUCGUCUCGUUCGAACGGCUAUUCUGGCUACGACCUGGACGAUUUGGAUGGCGAGUCGGAGGCCAAGUCUGAUGAGAGCGGCAAUGAGUGGGACGGAGGAGAUGAAGACGAGAAUGACUUGGAAGGUGAUGAAGAAGAGGGCGAGGACGUGAGUGGAGAUGAAUCCGUGAUCAACGGAGAGCCUCGAAGCUUGAUGGUUCAUCUCCGAUACAGCAAACCAGGCGCAUUUGAGGUAUCCCAAGGUUCCGAUGAGCCUCCUCCCCCUUCACAGCCUCUUUCAAUGGUCCCUUCAACACCUACGACCGCCAUCGGCACAGCACCCCUGGCUGCCGAUUCAAGAUCUACAGUGGCUCCGGGAGUGGCGACACCGAGCCAAGGAGAGACUUCAUCGGCGUCGCAGCCUGAAGCCCCAAAAACGAACGGGAUGCCGAUGUCUGCCCUGCUGAAUGCUUCGCAGGAUAAUCCCCAGGCGUCAAGCUCAGUCACCCAAGUGAAAGGUCCAACAGAGACCCAGACAAGGCCUCAGGACGAGCGUCGCCCAAAGCCAGCUGACAUUGAAGUUCCGCCAUCCACCUGA